CCGGGGUUCUUAAAAAUAGGAAACUGUACGCUCCAGUGAAGCAUGCAAUGACGAAAGGAGUAAACUGUAACACCAUACUUCAUUCCCCUGGCAAGAGUAACUCCCGUACAUAACUCUGUUGUCAUAGAUGAACUUGCCAUUUGAGGUAAGCCAUAAAAAUAAAGAUUUAAUUUUCUUUGAUAUGCAUUAUUGUACAUACAUAAUAGGACUAAAUUCUACAUUUCUUUUGAUCAUUACGAUGCAAUGGCAAAAUGUACGUCUCUAAAAAAAAACACUUUCGUUUGGACAAUUUUUAAGAUAGCAUAACAGUUAACUUCAGAUUGAUCUAAGCGUUUUGAUUUAAUGGUAUUAAUACUUUUCAAAUUUGGAGUUUUGAAGUAAGUAUCAUUUUCAAAAUGCACGGACAAAUUUUUUAAUAGCUUGUGUUUGUAAGAAGCUAUUAGUCAGAAUUCAGCUUAUAUAAGAAAUACUUUUUUUGAAUACAUCGAAAAUAUUAUUUAACAAGAAAAAAGUAAUUGAUAAUUAUUUCAAAACCAGACUAAUGAAUUCUUGUUUUAUUUUUGCCUUAUUUGAAAAAAAGACGUAUUUAACAGAAUAAUGGGAAAGCGGUCUCAUGUCAGUUUUUUAAGAGGGCCAUUCAUUUAAUUCUGCCAACAACUGAAUGGUCUGCAUCAAAUUUUUUACGACAGAAGCAGGUGAACGCUCCAACAAAGUUCAAUACAAACGAGCGAGCAUCCCUUCUACCCUAAGGCUGGGUUUCUUUAGGCUACCAACAACUGAGCGUACUAUUUUGCUCAUUCUGUGCCAACCGGUGUCCCUAUCUUGUUCUGCCAUCAAAUUAAAAAUUUUAACCGUAGAGUUGGUAAAAUCUUUUUUUUUUUUUUCCUACCGCCUCUUCAGUCCAAAAACAGGUGAACUGAUGAGUAGCUUGGUUUCCUCGUUGCUGGUCAUUGUGUUUACGGUGGCCACUGUGACGUGUGAUGUCGCCUGGAUGACACCGUUAAGCACCUCAUGGGCAUUCGAAUGUCCGAACGGCAGCGGUUUAAAGAUACUGCAGUCUGCAAGCAUUUACGCCACCAAUGACAGGCAGUGGAGCUUCACCUGUGGUGAUGACGACGCUGCACUCACGAACCUUACCUGUGAAUGGAGCCCAUACGUGAAUGACUACUACUGGAUGUUCAACUUUCAAUGUCCUAAUGAAGGCGUAGUGACAGGUGAGCUAUUGUGUGAUACAAAGUCUUCUUUUGUGUGUAGUUUUAAAAGUUAAAUCUGUAAAUAUAUUAGAAAUAAGUCUAAUGUUGCUCCUAGCCAUAGCUACGCCACUUCAUCGCAUCAUGCUAUGGUAGAUUUGACCCGAAAUUACACAGAAAACGUGCAUUAUAAGAACAUUUAAAAUUAUAAUGAUAUUAACAUUAUUUUCAUCCCACCGUAGGUAUGGCAUCGGACCACAACGGCUACGACAGAAGGCACACGUUUCUCUGCUGCUUCCCCACUGGGUACAUCGCUCACGCGUGUGUGUUCACGCCCAACAUCAACGCGUUGGGAGGAUUCAUGAACUAUCGCCGACCUGACAAUUGGUACAUCCGGGGCUUCAGCAGUGAGUUCAGUCAACUGCCCAAUGGCUACCACGACCGCGUGUUCAUCCUCAACAUUUGCAAACUGGACAAGCUCACUAGUUCUUGACCUGUUAAAUCCUAAAUAUCAAUUGUGAAUCGCUCUUCGUAUUAAACUUCAUUUAAACUUU